AUGAUAGAAUUCUCUGGCUUGGUUCCUGACCUUCAGGAGCUCAGAAUUUGGUCAGAGAGGCAAAGACUACUCAACCAUCAGUGUGCAAAACCUGAAAAGGAUUCAAGAGAGGCCGCUGCCGGGCCCCCCACCCCACCCGCCAGAGCCACGCCCCACGCUCUGGCGGCAGGGGCGCCCGCGCCCAGGAAGGCCACCGUCACACACCCGGGGAAGGCGAUCCUGGCAGGCGACAUCGAAAUCUGCAUCACUUUCCCCACCGAGUACGUGAAGACGCAGCUGCAGCUGGACGAACGCUUGCACCCGCCGCGCUACCAGGGCAUCGGGGACUGCGUGCGGCGGACGGUCCACAACCAUGGCGUCCCGGGCCUGUACCGCGGCCUCAUCUCCCUGCUUUACGGCUCCAUCCCGAAGGCGGCCGUCCGGCUCGGGAUGUUCGAGUUUCUCAGCAACCACAUGCGGGACGCCCAGGGACGGCUAGACAGCACGCGCGGGCUGCAGUGCAGCCUGGGUGCCGGUAUGGCAGAUGCCGUGGUGGUUGUGUGCCCCAUGGAGACCAUCAAGGUAAAGUUCAUCCAUGACCAGACCUCCCCCAGCCCCAAAUACAGAGGAUUCUUCCACGGGGUCAGGGAGAUCGUUUGGGAACGAGGGCUGAAGGGGACGUACCAGGGCCUCGUGGCCACCGUGCUGAAGCAGGGAUCCAACCAGGCCAUUCUCUUCUUCGUCUUGACCUCCUUGCGCAACUGGUACCAAGGGGACAACCCCAACAAGCCCAUGAACCCUCUGAUCACUGGUGUGUUUGGAGCCAUCACAGGCACAGCCAGUGUCCGUGGGAACACUCCUCUGGACAUGAUCAAGACCCGGAUGCAGGGCCUGGAGGCUCACAAGUACCACAAAAUGUGGGACCGUGGCCUGCAGAUCCUGAGGAACGAGGGGCCCAAGGCGUUCUACAAGGGCACCGUCCCCCGCCUGGGCCGGGUGUGCCUGGACGUGGCCAUCGUGUUUGUCAUCUACGACGAGGUGGUGAAGCUGCUCAACAAAGUGUGGAAGACGGACUGAGCCCCGGG